GUUGCACGCCCUCAGACAUGGUGGACGCUGAUGGGGAGGAGGAGGUGCCUGCCGACCUCGCGGCUGUGGAGCCCGUGGCCGCCGCCCGCGGGCUCCCCGUGCAGGUGGGCCGUCUGUAUCGCUGCACGGCGUUCGACUCAGAGUCGCGGCCGCAGGGUGAGUACCUCAUCCAAGUUGUAGGCGCCUACCCGCCCGACGAGGAGGGCCAGUUCGCACGGGCCGAGCAGAUCUGCUGCAGCGACGGCUACUGGGCCUGGUGGAUGGCACAUCCCGUGGAGCGCGGAGGAGCAGGCCGACCUCUCGAUCACUUCUGUACGGAGGAGAUGCGCCUAGCCUCGCCGAGCGCCUCGCGCGGGACACUGAUUCACGUCUCGGAGUUUGAGGAGGUCGACGCAGCAGAGGCGUCGGAGUUCUAUCUGGAGUGCAAGGCGGUGGACUCUUGGGCUAAGUGGCCAGAGGAGUUCGGGCCUGAGCCUACUGGAGAGGCGGCGGCUCGCGAGUCGACGGAGGACGCCCUGGACGAGUUCGGCAUGCCGCUCGACAGUUGCGUGGUUCAGGACACAGCUGCCCCUGCCUCAGGCUCGCGCCCCAGGGCGGCGCCAGCGCACGUUGGCAGCCGCCAGCCCGCUGCCCUGCAGGCUUCGCCGCUGGCGGGGGCAGGCGCCCGCCUGUCAGCCGCGGCGCCCCCUGCGCGCGAGGCGGUGGCUGGAGCAGCCCCUGCGCGCGGCGGAGCAAAGCGGCCGCUGGCGGAGGUCGCACAGGACAGGGCCGGCAAGAGGCGCGCGCCCGAGGUCCCAGCGGAGGCGGCUCCGAGCGCCGAGAGCGGUGGCGCUGGCGCAGGAGGCGAGGGGCCUCUUCUCCAGUUGUCGCUCGAGGCGGCGGCCAGCAGGAGCGGCAAUGGUGACGUUUUGCAGUCAGUUCUUAGUGGCGCCAGCGGCAGCAGUGAGGGGGCUGUCCCGCGAGGUCUCGCCUCUCGUCGAGGUCAUUUUCGCCAGAUUGCCGCCAAGUUCCCAGGGCUUCUCUCGGAGCAGGCGCUGGCCAAGAUGAGUGAGUACGUCACCACGCAGGUUGGUGAGGCGGAGGGGGAGGAGUUCCCACCCAUCUUCCUGAAGUACUUCUUGAAUGUCUUCAUCCCUCAGAACCCCAUCAAGUCGAUCGGGAUUGGGGUCUACCGCGAGAUGAGGACAGUUUGCGAGGCCGCCGAUGCCAUCCUCUCGGGCAAGACGGCCUACGCCUUGGACGUGCUGAGUCAACGGUUCAAGGCGCUUCAGCUCUUCGCUGUGGACAAGAGUUGGUCAGGUGCUCGCUGGCUGGAGCUCAUCCCGCCCUCGAACGAGCAGCUUGCGCUCAGGACGGAGGAUGAGGAGAUCGUGCGCACAGUCGAGCUGGGCGAACUGCGCCUCGAGGAGCUGCUGUCCAAGCUCAAGCGAGGGCCGCAGCGGACAGCGCAGCUGCGCGAGGACGUCUCGAAGGAGGCGACGCCGAAGGAGGUCUCCUGGAAGGCCAUCAAGGACGCCCACCCGAAGAGGCAGGGCGAGACGCGUGGAGCCCACGGCAUGCGCCUCAGGAAGCUCACGCAGGAGGCUCGCGGGCGACAGGUAAGGACGCGUGACCUGUUGCCGAUGGCCCUCCCCGACCUUACGCUCACACGAGCAUGGGUCGCAUCUCAGGACGGACCGAGAAGGAAGCGUCAGAGGUUCAGGAUUGAGGGGCGCUUAGUCGCCAGAGAAGUUUGGUCAGAUAUAGUGGUGCUGUCUCUCAACUUCGAGUACGUUGGUCGAGGUGACCCUCGUCUGUGGAGACACUCGCCAAUGCUACAUCUUGCCCAGCGGUCCGCCUACAAGACCAUCAUCUCCCACGUUGACGGCUUCUUAGAUGACCCGCUGACUCGUCGGCCUGACAUCGACUGGUCCCAGAAGAUCAGCAAGCUCAGGGUCGACUACACUGGUGAGGAGCAGGGCGAGGCCUUGCCCAUCAAGCUGGCGGAGCUCAUACCAGGCUUACCCGACAAACAGCAUGCCGCGCAGCUCCAGACGGAGGAGUUCGUUGACGAGCACAUCCUGGAGUGGCUUAUGAACCCUGAAGUUGCCACGCUGCCUGUUGCGGAGUGGCCGCUGGACCCUCCUCGCGCCCGAGUCAAUUGCGAGAGGCUCGAGGACUGGUACGAGGUCGCGGAGCACUUGAUUGGCCUCGGCAUUUUGGGCGUGGUCGACGAGGCGGACAUCUUUGCGCCGCGGGGCCAGAAGGUCUUCAACGGCCUGUUCGCUCGCGAGAAGAAGGGCAAGCCACUCGAGGGCCAGUCGAGAUGCACGCGCCUCAUCUUCAACAUGAUACCCUCCAACGCCUACCUCCGCAACAUCAUUGAGGACACGUCGACUUUGGCGGCCUCCACUUCAUGGACCAGCCUCCACUUGCCAGCAGGAUGUGUCAUGGUGUGGAGCAGCGACGACCAGAAGGGCGCCUUCUAUGUGUGGAAGUUGCCGCCAGCCUGGCAUGGCAGAAUGGCCGUCUCGGUGCCCGUGCCAGCGAGCGCUGCUGGGUUGCCUGGAGACCACCUAGUCUACGUGGCGUUCCGCGUCAUCCCCAUGGGCUGGGUCCUCGCAGUCACCCUCUUCCAGCACCUGCACCGCCGCCUGGCCUUGCGAGCACCGCGUCUGGGAGCUGGUUUGCCUGCAGGAGCGGAGUGGAGGCGCGAUCAGCCUUGGCCGCUGGCGAAGCAGCAUCCUCGCGCGUGGUGGCAGGUCUACAUCGAUGACUUUGAUGCGCCCGAGGUCCUGGAGGCGGCAGAGGCGCAUCGAGACGUGGGCACCCCAGGCGAGAUGCAACUCGCCAUGCGGCGCGCCUUCACCCAGGCAGAGGUCGCCUACGCGGAGGAGAAAAGCCACGCACGGCAGUUGCAGCUCGAGAGGAUGGGAGCGUCCAUCGACGGCUGCGCGGGUACGAUCAGGGCCCCUGCCGACAAGGUGAUCGAGCUGGUCCGCUACAUUCUGUACGCCCUGGGCCGCGAGUACUGCCCGUGGCUGCUUAUGCUCACGCUGCUGGGCCGCGCCGUUCGGGCCCUGGAGUUCAGGCGGCCGCUACUGAGCUGCCUCAACUCGGUCUGGGAGUCCUCCACCAGGACGAGAGGCGGACGCAUCAACAUGGGCAUGAGCCAGGAGCUGCUUGUGUGCAUCGGGUACCUGCCUAUCGCGUGCACCGACCUUAGGGCGGCGCUGUCGCCAGUCGCCACCGUCUCGGAUGCCUCGGAGGCUGGAGGUGGAGUGUGCGCCUCCACUGGCCUCACGCCCUUGGCAGACCAGCAGCUCAGGGCCGCCCGCCAGGGAGCUAGGCCGGUGCUGGGGCCAGGCCGCAGCGACCUGCAGCCCGCACGCAGCUCCCCGUCGCUGCCAGGGGGGCGGCCGCGGCCCAGGGUGCUCAUCGUGAGCCUCUUCGACGGCAUCGCCGCGCUGGCUGUGGCAGUGUCCAGGCUGCCAGUCGACAUCAUCGGCAUGGUGUGCAGCGAGGUUGACAAGCCUGCUAGACGAGUCGUGCGACUCCGAUGGCCUGGAACCGCCGACUGGGGCGACAUCCGAUCGAUCUCCGAGAAGGACGUCGUUAAGCUAGCUGACACCUACUACGGCCUGUGCGACGUCUGCGUCUGUGGAUCGGGCAGUCCUUGUCAGGACCUCAGCGCAGUCAACUUGUCGCGGGCGGGCCUGGCUGGCCCCAGUUCGAAGCUCUUCUAUGAGAUCCCGAGGGUCCACGGUCUCCUUCGUAAGCACUUCAAGGAGAAGCUAGCCACCUUUGUUGAGAAUGUUGCCUCGAUGAGUCCGCAAGUGAGAGAUGCUAUCACGAAGGUCGGCACCUACACGAAGGGCGCAGCCGAGUACGACAAGAAGCUGGCCUCAGAGUUCACAGGCCUCUACCCCAUCAUCGGGUACAUCACGACCGAGGACAACCCCGCCGACGCGCCCUCCAGACCGCUGGACACCGACGAGGGCAUCGCCGAGUACAUAGAGAUGCUCUGGAGCGAAGGCCAGCCUGUUAGCCUUGCCAACUAUGCGGUCGCUGCGAUAGGCUUCUUCUUCCCCUCAGUCAAACAGAGCUCGGGGCUGUCAUGGAGUCUGCUCAAAGCUUGGAGGCGAUGCGAACCGCCUGUUCGCGCCUUGCCGUUCACGCCAGAGCUCAUUCUGGGGAUGGCCGCCCUCGCCAUCGAGUGCGACGCUGUGGAUAUCGGCACCCUCCUAGCAUUGGGUUUCGCAGGUCUGCUGCGCACCAUGGAGCUGUUCACAUUGUCCAAGCAGCAAGUUGCGAUUAUCAAUGACAGAGUGAUUGUCCGCUUGCCUGAGACCAAAACAGGGUACCGCAAAGCCACUACCGAGAUGGUCGUUGUCGACUGCCCCAUCGCCUUAGAUCUAGUCAAGCGCUGGUAUGUACACGCAGCGCCUCCGGACACGAUCAGCACACGGUCGCCAGCGCAGCUUCGCAGUUGCCUGAAGAAGUUGCUGGCAUUCUUUCACCUCGAGGAUUUCCGCUUCUCCUGGUACUCAUGCCGUCGUGGUGGUGCCACGUACGACUUCAUGUCGCAUCAAAGUAUGGAGAUAACGAUAAUGAGGGGCAGAUGGGGUUCAGCGACGACCGCAAAGAUUUACAUCGAGCAGGCGGUUGCAGACAUAGUCCAG